AUGCAAAGACGUACCUUUUUUUCCGGUGGGAACAGUAGUCGUUUCGCAAAUUAUCGUCGAUUAAAUAAGCUGGAACAAGAAGCUAAUGCGUCACCAACGGAUGCCAGAAAACAGGCUAUCAUUUAUAAGGAAUGGUUAAAGUCAAAUAAUCCUCAGUCAGUCAUCAAUAGAUUUGAGCGGGGUAAUUUUACGCAUAAUGAAGAAUGUUGGCAGUACUAUAUUGCAGCCUUAGCACAAACCGGCAAAGCAGAAUCCAUUUUGCCAAGGAUUAUACAAAAGAUAGAAACCUCAGGAGUCAACGAGGCACUUCUAUCAAAAGUAAAAGGGGGCAGCAACGGAAAACUGUAUAGUAAUGCAUUGGCAAACGAGAUUAUAAAAGAAGUAGCAGCCAAAAAUGCAGUAUCAGCAUCUAUACGAAAUGGAAGUGCGUUAACAGCAGGAGAACUAGAGGCAGCAAUAGCAGGAGGUUCAGGAAACAAAGCCAAUCCUAUUUAUGUUGUUGUGGAAGAAGCGCGUAGAAAUCUUGUCUGGAAAGUACUCAAAUUCGUGGGUGGUGCUGUAAUUUGGAGCUUUUGCAUACUGACGGUUCUCUCUAUCUUUUUGGAGAGCUCCAAUAUACUGAAAUCUACGAAUUCACAAUUUGACUAUGAACCUGUCACAUCUUCUACUGUUAAGUUUGAGGAUGUUCAGGGAGUAGAUGAAGCUAAGCAAGAGUUGGAAGAAAUUGUAGAAUUUUUAAAGAACCCUCAUCGAUUUACGGAACUAGGUGGUAAAUUACCCAAAGGUGUGCUGCUAACUGGCCCCCCAGGAACGGGUAAAACGAUGCUAGCCAGGGCGGUGGCCGGCGAGGCUGGAGUCCCUUUCUUCUUUAUGAGCGGCAGUGAAUUUGAUGAAAUGUACGUUGGCGUAGGUGCAAGAAGAGUUCGUGAAUUGUUUGCCGCUGCCAGGGCAAAAGCGCCAAGUAUUGUCUUUAUUGAUGAAAUUGACGCUAUCGGAUCAAGAAGAAAUCCUCGAGAUCAGUCAUACAUGAAACAAACACUAAACCAACUACUCGUAGAUUUGGAUGGAUUUUCACAAACGGAAGGUGUUAUAUUUAUUGCAGCCACCAACUUUCCUGAAUUGUUGGAUAAAGCACUCGUACGCCCGGGAAGAUUCGAUAGGACUGUCAAUGUACCUUUACCAGAUGUGCGAGGCAGAAUAGCCAUCUUAAAGCAUCAUAUGAAAAAGAUUCAUAUUGCUAAGGAGGUGGAUGUCAGCGUAGUAGCAAGAGGUACUCCAGGAUUUAGUGGAGCCGAUCUGGCCAAUUUAGUCAACCAAGCUGCUAUACAAGCGAGCCGUGAAAACUCAAAAGAAGUGACUAUUCGUCAUCUUGAAUAUUCAAAGGAUAAAAUAUUGAUGGGUGCAGAACGUAAAUCAGCUGUCAUCACUGAAGAAAACAAAAGACUUACAGCUUACCAUGAAGGUGGUCAUGCUCUCGUUGCUUAUUAUACACCGGGUGCUUUACCUCUGCAUAAAGCUACUAUCAUGCCUAGAGGUAGAGCGUUGGGUAUGGUCGUUCAAUUACCCGAAAUGGAUAAGGAUUCUUAUACUAAGCAGGAAUUCCUUGCAAUGAUUGAUGUAAGUAUGGGUGGUAGAGCUGCUGAAGAACUCAUUUUUGGUUCAAAUAAUGUAACUAGCGGUGCUAGCAGUGAUAUAUCUAAAGCAACUGAUGUGGCUAAGCGUAUGGUUCGCUAUUACGGAAUGAGUGACAAGGUGGGGCCUGUUACUCAUGAUGACGACGAUAUGAAGCUCUUGAGCACGCAAACAAAAGAGUUGAUUGAGAGCGAAAUAUUUCACUUGGUGCAAGAAUCAGAGAAAAGGGCAAAGAAGAUAUUGAAUGAACAUAGAGAAGAAUUAGAUAGAUUAGCAAAUGCUUUGGUUGAGUAUGAAACAUUAGAUUAUCAAGAGAUCAUGGAUGUCUUAGCUGGUAAAGCUAUCAACAGGCCGAAAUAA